GGCGCCUGCGCGCACAGCGGCGGCAAGAUGGCGUCCACGGCGGCCGGGAAGCAGCGCAUCCCCAAAGUGGCCAAGGUGAAAAAUAAAGCACCCGCCGAAGUUCAGAUCACAGCGGAGCAGCUUCUGAGAGAGGCGAAGGAGAGGGAACUCGAGCUUCUCCCACCGCCUCCGCAGCAGAAGAUCACAGAUGUUGAAGAGUUAAAUGACUAUAAACUCCGGAAGAGGAAGACUUUUGAAGAUAACAUCAGAAAGAACAGGACUGUUAUCAGUAACUGGAUAAAGUACGCACAAUGGGAGGAAAGCCUGAAGGAAAUCCAGAGAGCCCGUUCCAUUUACGAGCGUGCCCUGGAUGUGGACUACAGGAACGUCACUCUCUGGCUGAAAUAUGCCGAGAUGGAGAUGAAGAACCGCCAGGUCAACCACGCCAGGAACAUCUGGGACCGGGCCAUCACCACCCUGCCCAGGGUGAACCAGUUCUGGUACAAGUACACGUACAUGGAGGAGAUGCUGGGGAACGUUGCUGGCUCACGCCAGGUGUUUGAAAGGUGGAUGGAGUGGCAGCCAGAGGAGCAAGCCUGGCAUUCCUACAUCAACUUCGAGCUCAGAUACAAGGAGGUGGACAGAGCACGAAGCAUUUAUGAGAGAUUUGUCCUGGUUCACCCCGAGGUGAAGAACUGGAUCAAGUACGCGCGCUUCGAGGAGAAGCACAGCUACUUUGCCCACGCCAGGAAGGUGUAUGAGAGGGCAGUGGAGUUCUUUGGGGAGGAGCACAUGGAUGAGCACUUGUACGUGGCCUUUGCCAAGUUUGAGGAGAACCAGAAAGAGUUUGAAAGAGUGAGAGUCAUCUACAAGUAUGCCUUGGAUAGAAUUCCGAAGCAGGAUGCCCAGAAUCUCUUCAAGAAUUACACCAUCUUUGAGAAGAAGUUUGGGGACAGGAGGGGAAUUGAGGACAUCAUUGUCAGCAAGAGGAGAUUCCAGUAUGAGGAGGAGGUGAAGGCCAACCCCCACAACUACGACGCGUGGUUCGAUUACCUGCGGCUGGUGGAGAGCGACACGGAUGCCGAGACCGUGCGGGAGGUGUACGAGAGAGCCAUCGCCAACGUGCCCCCCAUCCAGGAGAAACGCCACUGGAAGAGGUACAUCUACCUCUGGAUCAACUAUGCUCUCUAUGAGGAGCUGGAGGCAAAGGAUGCAGAGAGAACCAGACAGGUGUACCAGGCAUGCCUUGAGCUCCUGCCCCACAAGAAGUUUACAUUUGCUAAAAUGUGGCUGCUAUAUGCACAGUUUGAAAUUCGACAGAAGAACCUGCCCCUUGCCAGAAGAGCUUUGGGGACAUCCAUAGGCAAAUGCCCAAAAAACAAACUGUUUAAAGGCUACAUUGAGCUGGAGUUGCAGCUGCGCGAAUUUGACCGGUGCCGAAAGUUGUAUGAGAAAUUCCUGGAGUUUGCACCAGAAAACUGCACGUCCUGGAUUAAAUUUGCUGAACUGGAGACCAUCCUUGGGGACAUUGACCGUGCCAGGGCCAUCUAUGAGCUGGCUAUUGGCCAGCCCAGGCUGGACAUGCCUGAGGUGCUGUGGAAAUCCUACAUUGACUUUGAGAUUGAGCAGGAGGAGUUUGAGAAGACCAGGAACCUUUACCGGCGGCUGCUGCAGCGCACCCAGCAUGUCAAGGUGUGGAUCAGCCUGGCACAGUCUGAGCUGUGUGUGUCCUGUGCCCGCAGGUGUGGAUCAGCCUGGCACAGUCUGAGCUCUGUGUGUGUGUGCUGUGCCCGCAGGUGUGGAUCAGCCUGGCACAGUCUGAGCUCUGUGUUUCUGUGCUGUGCCCGCAGGUGUGGAUCAGCCUGGCGCAGUCUGAGCUCUGUGUGUGUGUGCUGUGCCCGCGGGUGUGGAUCAGCCUGGCACAGUCUGAGCUGUGUUUCUGUGCUGUGCCCGCAGGUGUGGAUCAGCCUGGCACAGUCUGAGCUGUGUGUGUGUGCUGUGCCCGCAGGUGUGGAUCAGCCUGGCACAGUCUGAGCUUUGUGUGUGUGUGCUGUGCCCGCAGGUGUGGAUCAGCCUGGCGCAGUCUGAGCUCUGUGUUUCUGUGCUGUGCCCGCAGGUGUGGAUCAGCCUGGCACAGUCUGAGCUGUGUUUCUGUGCUGUGCCCGCAGGUGUGGAUCAGCCUGGCACAGUCUGAGCUGUGUGUGUGUGUGCUGUGCCUGCAGGUGUGGAUCAGCCUGGCGCAGUCUGAGCUCUGUGUGUGUGU